AUGGAACUGCAAGAUGAUGAUCCUCACGAGCGACAAGAUGAGACUGCCGACCUAGGACAGUACCUCUCGGAUGCCUAUGGACCAUGUCUAUGUGAGCCGACUCCUUCCGCAUCAGGCUGCCAUCAUACGAAUAUCUUCGGUCCAAGAUCCGCCUCGGGAAGGCCUCAACUGAAGAAGGGCCAGGAGAACAACGUCCUCAUCUACUCGGGCUGCUUCAAUCCACCGCACCUGGGCCAUUACAAUCUCCUACGACGCGCAUUUGAAGACAGCCAAGAUCUCAACGUGAUCGCUGCCGUCGUAUAUCCGGUCAGCACAAGAGUACUGGAACGCAAGGCCGAAAGGAGACAGCAAUGGCUCAUGUUCAACGUGGCCGAACGCUACUGGACUCACGACGGUGGAAGGCUCAAGUUUGAAGAGAUGUGGACUCGUGUUCUGGGAGCAGUCAAGCGAGACGGCUUCGAUCUCAAGUUUAUUGAGGUAGCAGGACCUGAUCAUGUCGUUCCCACGCGUGUAUUCAAGCCGUUUGGAUGGGAUUUCGAAGUCUACAGAACUAUCUUGAGCAAUGCUGGAAGAGAGUUUGAUCUUGUUCAACCUGGAGGGCAACUCGAGAGAAUGCGUGGAUAUGGGUACUGGGAGGAUGCUAUCGACUAUACCAAAGCUGCGAAUCCAAAGAACGACUACACAGACUCGGAGCACGAGUUGGUGGAGGAGCGAACCAUUGUCAGCAAGUCGCGCUUUACGCUACUUAUACCUCCAUCGAUCGUCGGGGCAACUUCACAGCUACAUGAAGCAGACACGGACAACAAACCAGUCACAGUCACCGACGCUCUCUCUGAAACACACAUAUCAGAAAACGAUGCUGGCUCAUAUGAGAAGACGGAACAGGGUAGCUACAUUGUUCCCGAGGGACGGAGAAUCAAAGUUUGUAGACGAGUCGGGGACUCGGAAACUUGGAUUCGCUUCGUUCCAGCGGAUGCCGCGCCCUUGAAAUUCAGCUCGACCCGAAUUCGGCGUAUUCUGGAAGGAGGAUUUCUGAAGGGAGGGAAUCUGGCGGGAACUAGUUGGACGCGAAGUAUGCUGGAGGAUGAGGCCCUUGAUAGUGUCAAGGAAAUGGUCCUGCAUCCGGAGGUGCUGGCAAGGAUUAUGCUCCAACGACAUGGAAUCAAACGACUUGAUGAGACUUGA